AGCAUGUCUCGUUGCAACGUGAAGCACUUUCUCGAAGCGCACAUCAUAGGUUGAGCACGCAUACACACAUGGUCACCUCCGUAAUUCCCAUUUAUUCCGUUUGAUUGCUGUAAUCAAAUAUAUGGUGAACCCCUAAAAUCGAUGAUAUGAAUUGCAAUUAAUGCACGAAGGACUGGCAAUAUGCAAGAAUCAUGAUAACUAAAGAUUCAUCCUGAAAUAUUAUACUUAUUUGGACAAGGACCAAUACAGAAUACAGUGGCAAUAUGUUUGGUUGUCCUAGAGAGGCUGUACGUGUCAAAGUUAAGAAGUGUGAAACUAGGCAUCAACCUGAAUACCGCAAGUUCAGCGUGGAUCCUCAGAUAACGUCAAUAGAAGUGUUGCAAAGUAUUCUUAUAAAGGCUUUUGACAUAAAAGGGGAGUUUACCGUUUCGUAUCGAGCGAUUGAUGACUAUGGGUCGGAGACGUAUCUCUUCCUACUCUCGGACUGGGACUUGGACGCCGCGUUUAUCAGCGCGUCGGAGCCGUACCUUUAUCUACAGGUGAACCUGAAACCUUUUGGCGAAACCGGAGACUGCGAGUGCUACUGGGAGCAAAAUGCGCAGGAAGUUUCGACACGUCAGCAGGAGACUGGGUUUCCUUACAGGACACCUAAGUUGCCCGGUCUCAUAAUGAAUAAAUUAUCAGGUGUAUCCAAUUUCGCGUUUAAUCUUUCGUCACAGAUGGAAAGAACGCUGAAUAUGGUGCAACGUGCAUUGGGCAAUUUGGGCGAGGAGUCGUCUCAUCAGCAGAAUGUUCAUCCUCCAAGACCGCCUCUAACGGACGCUGAGUUUCGCCGAUUUCUAGAUCCAAUCGGGCAAGUGGUACACUCCAAGGAAUUGAGAGCAGUUAUUUACUUUGGCGGGAUUGAACCUAGCUUGCGCAAGGUGGUCUGGAAACAUAUCUUGAACGUGUAUCCGGAGGGGAUGUCGGGUCGCGAACGGAUGGACUACAUGAAGAAAAAAGCGCAGGAAUAUCAGAAUCUGCGCGAGCGGUGGCGGGUGCUGGUACAAAAGGGACAGAACGUCGGCGAUCUCGGCUACGUUACCAGUAUGGUGAGGAAGGACGUCCUCAGAACGGACAGGCAUCACAAGUUUUACGGUGGUUCGGACGACAAUCAAAAUAUAGCGAGCCUCUUCAACAUUUUGACAACGUAUGCCUUAAAUCAUCCGAGUGUAAGUUACUGCCAGGGCAUGAGUGACUUAGCCUCGCCCCUUCUUGUCACAAUGCGGGAUGAAGCACAGUCCUACAUCUGCCUCUGCGCCCUCAUGAGAAGAUUGAAAGACAACUUUAUGCUCGACGGUAUCGCCAUGACUACUAAAUUCGCUCAUCUAGCCGAAGGUCUUCAACACUAUGACCCCGAUUUCUAUGCGUACUUGAAGUCCCAUCAAGCGGACGAUCUGCUCUUUUGUUACCGUUGGUUGUUGCUAGAAAUGAAACGCGAGUUUGCAUUGGACGACGCGCUUAGAAUGCUCGAAGUUCUAUGGGCGGCUCUGCCAGCAUCACCGCCGACCGGCGAACUGAGUCUUGCCGAGGUGCCUUUUCCGCCAGCGUCGCCGCCACCGAGUCCGAACGUGAAGCACAUCCGCGAAAAUGCGUAUACCAAGGUCUGUGCUAUUAGACGGCAAAGUUCCUCGGCUAGUAUUGCCGCCAGCGUGAGGCGGAAAGCCUUUAGCACUGAGGAAUCGACUCUGCAAACAUCUACCGAGGUUAACGGAGAAACGAAAAGAUCCAACUCGCCGUAUGAAGCAUUCUCCGAUUCAGAGAAUGAUUUGACCAGCACGAAAAAUAGAAGGAAUAACGAAUCGACAGAAAAGUGCCUAAGUACAGAUUCUCUUACUGUUAAAUCGAAACGCUCGAAUCUACUGGAACUGAAAGAGAAGCUGUCUGCCCCCAACAAAGAACAGAUUAAGAACAGUGAACAGAACGACAACUCUGAAAAGAAAUGUGCGCGAGUGGUGAAGAAUUUGAAUGAGUUCUUAAACUUUACUAGUCUUAAUCGUAGUAAAGUCACGCCGAGCGACGCCGAACCUGAGCUCAGACGUGUCUCGAGCGAAAGCGGCGUCAUCAGAGUGUUGAGGGAUGAACCGAGUUCACCGGAUGAUCCUACGGAUUUCUUUCCGAUGACCACGUCGAUGACCAGAGAGUUAAGACUGGAAUUGGAAUCGCUGGAUCGACAAGUGUUCGGACCUUCACCGCCUACAAGCGAGCUACAAUGCGACUGCGUGCUAUCAAAAAGAGACAGUGACCUACCGGAGAGCGAGACGGAGACGGAAUUAGCGAGAUGCAGCCCAGCGGCGGAUGUGUUUGUAUGGGAGAACCCUUUACAUACGCUACAACAGAAGCAUCAUCCCACGACUCCGGACGAGCAAGCGGAAUUAGAGUACGACGGAGAAAUUUUGGAAGAUCAGAACGGCGUAAAAUCUGUCACGCCGAUUAGGCUGCUUAAACGUACCACUAGAUCUGAGUCGGCAUCAGAUAGCGAAGAGACCGAGAGUUGGCAUCAGAAUCCACAUGUAUCAGAGAGUCCGACGAAGCAGCAGCAGCAGCAGCAGCAACAGCAGCAGCAACAACAACAACAACAGCAAUCUGUACAAGAGCAAUGUGAGGAAGCGACGGAGCUGACUAAUCUCAUACCCGCGGGAACGAGUGAGGAUCAACUGGGAGAAAGCUCGUUGCCGCCACCGAACGAGUUCGGCGGCGGCAAUCCCUUUCUAAUGUUCCUGUGCAUCACCCUUCUGCUGCAACAUCGAGACUUCGUUAUGCGCAAUCAAAUGGAUUACAACGAGAUGGCAAUGCAUUUCGACAAGAUGGUUCGCCGUCACAAUGUGAUCCGUGUACUUAAUCAGGCGCGACAACUGUUCGCCGGCUAUCUCAGAAGACAUUCCAUCGCCACAUCCUCCUCCUCGGCCAGCUCGACUUCCGCCAGCAAGCCGGACUGCGUGAACGUGUAACUCUUUCUCGGUCAAAUUAAAAAAAAAAAGCAUCAAGUCAUAGACGACCUGGAAUUUUAAAAUUAUUUCAUUUGAAAUAAAAAGAAUUCAACGGCACAUAUCACGGAAAUUAUGUCGCCGACUAAGAUUCGGAAGGCUUAAGAGGACUCAAAAUUCUAUCGCGGCUCUUCCGUUCAUAACGUUCGUAGGACAUUUAUGACACUCGCCGUGGAUUUUCCGCAGUCGUAUCGCGCGAGCAGUGUCUCUGAUUAACCAUUUUUUCUUUUGUUUUUUUCAUAUAUAUAUAUAGAUAUUAUAGAUAAGAUAUACUUUUCAAAUAAUUGAAUUAAGGUCAUCCGCUGUAGGCAUUGAAAAUAUCAAAGAAAUCUAAACGCGACAACGAAUAAAUGACCAAUGUAUAAUGCGAGAGCAAUAAAACGCAACGUUACUUACAAUUAUAUGUAUAGAAAUUUUAGAACUUCUUUUCUUCGUAAGAACAAUUUUUCAAGAAAGGUCAAAAUGAAGAAAAAAGACGGUUGAUCAGAGGUAGCACCGCCUAGGUCCGUACUUAUUAGCAAUUAGAACGAGUCGAUUUGAUUGGGAGAGUUCGGGAUACAACGAUCGGAAGCUUAAUCCGUGAAUGGCACGCGUAGCCCCGUUCGCUCACGCACGUUAUUCCAUCGCGACAUAAUGCACCCUAUCAUCAACACGCAUCGACAAACCCUCUUUCGCUGUACCUCGAGGUAGAAUUAAGUCCUUAGCUUAACGCAUUUGGGUGACGACCGCUUCGUUCUCGACAUGCGUUAAAUUUGUAAGAUACACCUAUACCUAUCCUAACAGCUGAGUCUUACUUUGUUCUCAAACGGUAUGCUUGAGAAACGACAAUAAAGUGCAUUUAAUUUUA